GCUGUGGUGGGGAAGGGGGCGCCCCAAGUUCAGUGUAGAGGCAGUGCCCAGUGCACCAUCGUUAGGGACCCAAUUUGAGCCCAGGAAGGAUGCCAGGUGCUGUGGAGAUGAAGAUAAAAAUGACCCCUUCCCUGGUAAAAGGCAGAGAAACGGAGAUUGAGGAGUCAGAGUGCGGGUCAGCGGGGAUGAAGAGUGGAUGACCUGCCCCAUCCCAGGUGGAGCUUCCGAGGGCCACGCCGUGUAAAGGCCAAACACAGGCUCGAGGGUGCUGGGAUUCUAAUGGAGGGUCUCGAAGAAGUGUGAGCUGAGAAGCCGGGAAGGGGCAAGGGGACUCCCUAAGGGGGAGAACUUUGUUGUAGGCGUCAGAUGUGAGGAGCCAGACAAAAGAUGGUGCCUGAAUCUUGGGGACACUUUACUAGACUAGGAGGCUGGGGAUGGAGCCCCUGGCCCCCUCUCGCCCCUAUUGAGCUGCGGCCGAGGGUCCCCUUCACACAAGAGGGGCCUGGGCAGUUCAGAGGGACCCAGACUUGCCCCAGAGAGGCUGAGUAAAGUAGCAGCCCCCACCCUGCAGUUGGGGGUCCCUGGAGCUCUCAGUGAGCACCCCUGUGUGCGUCCCUCAGACGCUGAAACGGAAGGAGAAGGAGUAUGAGCACGAGAUGGAGCGGCUCGCCCGGGAGAAGAUCGCCACCCAGCAGCAGCUGACCGAGCUGAAACACGAGCUCAGCCAGUGGAUGGACGCCCUAGAGAUGGAGCGGGUGCUGCGGCAGGCAGGGCAGCCCGAGGAUGACCAGGCCUCCACCUCCACGGCCUCAGAAGGUGAGGACAACAUGGACGAGGACAUGGAGGAUGACCGCUCGGGCUUGGGGCUGCCCAAGCUGAGCCAGCGGCCUCAACCCGAGCUCCUGAAGCCGGCUCCCCUGCCUCCUAGCACGGGCCCCGCCGCCCCGGCCCCGCACUCCCACCCCGCGGCCCUGCAGCAGAAGCCCCCCGCCCCGGCCGCAGCCGCCCAGACCCUGGUGCAGGCCCCCGCCCACCACCUAGUGGCCACGGCGGGAGGGGGCUCGACGGUCAUCGCUCACACGGCCACCACCCACGCCUCAGUCAUCCAGACUGUGAACCACGUGCUGCAGGGCCCGGGGGGCAAGCACAUCGCCCACAUCGCCCCCUCGGCCCCCAGCCCCGUGCAGCUGGCCCCCGCCACGCCCCCCAUCGGCCACAUCACCGUCCAUCCUGCGGCCCUCAACCACGUGGCCCACCUGGGCUCCCAGCUGCCCCUGUACCCCCAGCCGGUGGCCGUGAGCCACAUCGCCCACACCCUCUCCCACCAGCAAGUCAACGGCACGGGCGGGCUGGGGCCGCCGGCCACGGUCAUGGCCAAGCCGGCUGUGGGGGCCCAGGUGGUCCAUCACCCCCAGCUGGUGGGCCAGACGGUCCUGAACCCGGUGACCAUGGUCACCAUGCCGUCGUUCCCCGUCAGCACCCUCAAGCUGGCCUGAAGGGGUGCCCCUCGGAGGGGCCGGCACCCCCGCCAAGCAGCUCCACACAUUCCAGCCGGCGCAGACGAGGGGAGCCCCGAGCCUCCCGCCCUGAGCCGCCCGGAGGGCGCGGGGAGCCGGACUCCACCGAAAGUCAGAGACACUCGGGUGAGCGUGGCCCCGUGGUCCGUGGCCCCGUGGUCCGUGGCCCGUGGCCGCCUCCAUUUCCGUUCCGCUCCUGCCCCUGCCUCGCCGCCCUGUCCCGUGUAAUCCGUGAGAUGUGGAUGUGAUGUUCUUGGUUUCGUCCCUUGUCCCCCCCGUGCUGCUGCUGCUGCUACUGCUCUGUAGGGGGAGCUGGCUGAGCUCUGGGGGUCCCCCGCCCCGCCCCCCGGGGAGAAGGAAGCAGAGGGACGGAGGAGGCGGGGCGGGGGGUGCCCCCAGCUCCCCAGCUCCCACGGCGGUCUGAUGGAUCCAUCUGAGGUCACUGUGAUUUGUUACAGUAGAAACUAUUUAAGACAAUUCUCUACUCAUAAUAAACCAAAUGAAAGAGAAACCAGUGAGAUUCCCUUGGGGGGGUGUCGCUAUCUGUCCCCCGGCCACUGCUGUGGAGGAGAAUCCAGUGACCGCUCGGCCCGGCCCCCAGACGCACGUGGGCUCGGCGGACGAUUCAGAGGUGGGACUCGGUACCUUAGCCCGGACCCGGAACCCUUCCCUUGUCUGGGGCCCCUUCGGGAGAGGGAAGAGAGCCGAGCCUCUGGGGAGGAGCGCCCCUCCCCAGCUCCCUGCCCUUCCCUUUGCUCAGCCGUGUGGAGUUGUAACCCGUGGACGUGUGCAUGUGUGUACCCGUGCAUGCUCAGUCUGUGUGCAUACGUUCGUGUGCAGAUUGCGUGUGUGUUUCUUGGUGCCCCCCUCCCCAUUACCCUGAGGAAGGGCUCCGCGGUCCGGGUUCUAGGAGCCUCGAUCGUCCUCUGGGCUCCGUUCAGGGGAACCUGUGGCUGGGUGAUCGUGACUGGGGGGGACCCCACCUUCCAAGGCCUGGGGAUCCCCUCAGAGACUGGCCAAACAAGCGACUAGAAGCGGGCAGUGCCUGCAGCCUGGACCCCGCGCUCUUCCUUCCUGCCGGCCCUCCCCUCCCCCCUUCCUGCACCCCUCUUCCAGCUCUGGUUUACUUUUAAUGCUUCGGCCUGAGCCUGGGGAACAGUCGCCUUAGCAUCCUGCUGCCUCAGUUUCUCCCUGAGGGUGGCUCUCAGGCAUUCCUCCAGAGGGGAAAGAAGGGGAAGGAGAUGCCCGUGCCGGUGCCCCCAGCUCCCAGAGAGGGAGGCCUAGGGACGGGCCCCAGGAGGGGGCCCCAGCCUGCUUCCUCCGGCCCUUCCUGCUAGUGAGUCUACCCAUGGGGACAGCUUUUGUUUCUCUUCCCUCCAUAUAGUUAUUACAAGUGACCUUGUGUAAGACAUGCACAUACAUGUACACUCAGCUACCCACCCAGGCACAUCUCUCUACACAUAAACUUGUUGCCUUCAUGGGGGUCUUUGGCAAAGGUAUCUCAAGGAUGGGCCUCCCAGGAAUGUCUGUGAGGAAGCUGAGAGUGGCCUGGCGGGGGGAGCACCGCCGGGGAGGACCGGAGGGCCCCCCGAGCUCCCGGACUCCCAUGGCUUAUACCCGUGACGUCAGGGAGGCGGUUACUGGGUACGGUUUCUUGGGCACUGGCCAAAAGUGGGGCAGCCUGAGCACCUCGGGAGCCCCCAGACGAACUCUAGAAGUAAACCCAUUGUCACUUCCAUACCCACUUUCAGCUUCCUCUUUGGCCGGGGAGAUGGUGGACAUGGGGGCUCCUUCCCCUUUGGGGAAAUGUCCCGGGAGGCCACUCGGCUUCCCUCCUCCCAGCUGCAGCCUCUACCCUGUGGUCUCCCUCCAUCUCAUCCCCUGUGUAACAGCCUUGUAGACCUUAGGCCCUCGGGGGCAGGGUGGGAUGUGGCUGGAGUUGGUCCUCUCCUCCUUACCUCCCCCUCCUCUUUCAGCCAUGAAGGUCAUGGCCAGACAAGAGUGGAAUCUAAAUUGUGCCUCCCCCCAUUCUCUGGGGAUUGUGCCCAGAUACCUCAUCCAACCCCGUCCCCCCCUCUCCCCAAGGCACCUGGGGUGGGGGCCGGGUCCCUGUCAUGCUGUGUCUUGAGUGGCUCUGAUGGGUGUUGUUGCUGUUGCGCUUUUCUGUUGUUUUCUGGUGAACGCUGUGAUGCUGUGACAUUGGGGGACUAGCUGGCGCCUCCCCGCUUCCCCAGCCUCAUCCUCGUGGAGUGUCUCUGUCAGCAGCCACCGGGACCAGGCCUAGCCCUCCCCAACUUUGGGAGGCUGAGCCCUGCCUCUCUUCCCCAGACCUUCUAACUUGGGACACAUACACACACAGACACCCACAGACACACACAGACACCCACAGACACUCACACAUCUUACCUCUCAUUCUUAUUUUAUUUUUUUAUGUUCUCUAAGUGACUCACUGGCUGGGAGUCUUUACCUCGAUGGGCUCGGGUCCUCAGGGGGCCAGGGAGGAGGGGCCAGUGGGCAGGGCAAGCACAGUGGGGUGCUUUGGGGCCACACUUAGCCCCUGCCCUCUCCAGGAUGAGCCCCCGUCCCUCCUCAGGGUGCGCCCCCCCUCCCCCAAGAGGUGGCCCUUGUUUACAGUGAGGACUCAGUCACUGUGUCUCUGUUUCCGGAAAUCUGAACCCUCAAGACCCCGGACUGUAGAGAUUUUUAUGUGUUUGGAUACAUCUGCUGUGUGAAAAAAAAAAAAAGCGAAAAAAAAAGAAAAAAACUACAAAAACCCUAAUUUUGUACAUAUUGUAUUUUUACUAUUGAGCUGUAUCCUAGUGGCUGUUCAUGCUCUAAGACUUUAGGUAUCGGGACAUGAAUACUCUCCAUGUAAAAAGCACUUGCCUGGAAUAAAACAUUGAAACAAAUAAACCUGCACUGAAACAUGAGUCUGGGGCAUGCAGCCACCCGGUUGUUUUAUUGGGGGGUGGGGGCCCCAGACUCCCAUCAUAACCUGGUCAGGCCCAACUAGAAGUGGCUUUUAGGGCCCUCCAUCUAGGCUGGCCACAGGCCAUGUGGGACAGCCAUGAUCUUCCCAUGGCCAUUUCCCAUCUGUGAUUUGGGGCAGAUCUCUAUUCUCGGCCUUGGUUUCCUCAUCUGUAAAAUGAAGAGAUUGGCCAGAUAAGUGGUUCUGAAUCUCUGAUUUACUGCCCUUCCCAGCCUAGCACAUCCACAUCACUUUAGAAUUUUCAAAGGCGCAUUCCCAGCCA